CGCUUACCGGGAGUUCGUAAACGAGUCGCCAUUUAGCAACGUGAGAGACGCUUGUCUCUUUGAAGCUAGACGUUUUAAUCGUCGGAUUGAACGUAUCCAGAAUCGUGACGGACUACUCGGUGAUCUUGAUCGUGUUUCUUUUUUUUCUGUGUCACGGGCCGAACACGAUCGGGAGUGACGCGUUCUAAACGAUACGUGUUGCUACUGCCGUUCACGGACAAUGGGCAAGGACGAUCGUUUCAGUUUCUUGCGUCGCGUUUGUUUACCUGAUCAACAGACAGACAAAUGCCGCGGUUGCAUCGAAAUACGUCGAAGUUACCACCAUACCUCGUCCACGUAUCCGCUUCGAUGAUUAGUUCGCUUCUGGAAGCGUGCUGUUGCAUUAGUUGCAUCGUUCGAACGUUCGAUGGAUAACGGCGCGAACGGUUCGCGUAAAGUUAUCGCAAGUGUUUUUGCAGUAUUCCGAUAUAUUUAAAGGAAGUUCUUGUAUUUAUUAAGAGACAGAAGCAAGAAUUUAACGUGAAGAAUUUAAAAAAAGAGUAGGAAGCUAUUGUGUCUUGCAAAACGGUCAUCGUGACUGACGUUUCUCGGUAUCGAGGAAAGAACGCGAGGUGAUUUGUUCCGGCUUUAAACGCAGCCGUGUAAAUCCGUUGCAUCGAUUUGUUUCAACCGAGAGGAACGCGCGAAUUGGCGGCAAAAAGAUAACUGAAUCGAAGCGUCGCAUUAUUACGGGAAACGAAUACGACAUUCAAUUUUAUCAACGGCAGUUCUGUCAGAAAAAUUAUACCGCGAUCGAUCGAGUUUCGUAUUUUAAACUCGACGAAAACACGAUGAUCGCUUCUUUGAAUUAUUAAUGUACUUUCUCGGCACGCAUAAAGAACGAACAAUUUCACUUUCGUACGAAUUCGACGAUUUUUCUCGCCGAACGUGAAUUUGUAUCGCGUGAAAGGUAAUUCUUUGCAGCAGAUAAACCGAAGAUCCUGUACACGUUAUUCAUUAUCAACGAUAAUAAAAUACACAUAGAUGCUCGUGCUUGUACACGUGUGUACCGAUGGAUUACGCGUUCUUGCCACAGACCGUGUUUAUGACGCAAUGAUCCUUGUACGCGCAAUUCAUAUUUUUCAAAUGCCGAUUGUUUCAUUGUAUCUUGCGGAAAAAGUUCUUACGUGAAACGGAAACACGCUGAUCAGCGUUGGGGGGUGAAUCUUAACCAACCUAACGUAACGAGGAUGCGACGCGUGCUAUCUGUAACGUGAGAAAAUAACUCUCUCGUGUCUCAUUGCCGCCGUUAUUACGAACAAUAUCACGAAUGCAAAUCUAGGUUCCUCGUCUUAGCGCGUUGAACUCCCGUUUGGUUCCGUAGGAUUAGAUUUAUAGUGGGAGAGUUAAUGUGUUUCCUUAAUUAUCGUUUCCCUCGCUUUGCAAUCUUGCGUAACGGACAAUGAUUAAGCAGUGAAUGAAAAAUUGGCGGUAAUAAUUAUGAAGUACAACUUAGACGUCACUAACGUCUUUAUGGUUCUUUAAUUGUCACCUCGCGUUACCUAUUGUACGUCGAACGAACGUUUCUCUUCAGUUUUCUUUGUUUGGCAAUAAAGAAAAACUGUUAGAAAAGGACGAAACAGGUUUCACAUGUAUGUUUACUCUCUGUUUGUAUCAUUUUAAUUAGAAGGCAAUUCAUUCCUAAGAAUGCAAGAACGAUGAAGACUUUCAGUGAUGUAUGAUGUUAUCUUGAACAGUGUUAUCUGCUUUGGGCUUGAGAAUCGUGUUAUUCAGUGAUUUUGCCUUGUGAAGCAACAUUUUGUAUACAAUGAAUGAUGCUGGGGUGCUAUUACCUAGCAGUCAUCGCUGCUUACAUAGAGGAUUAAAAAAAUAUCCUAGUAUUGAUCAGAAAUUAUGGGAUUCAAGUAGUAGGUGGAUCCUUCAAUGGGAUAAUAUUGUGAAGCACCCAGGUGCUAGGGCAAGAGGAUGCUGUUGUGAUAUUCAUAAACCACCAUGGUUGUAUCCAGGCUUAGUUGGAAAAGGUGCAGAUGAGACAGAUAGAGCUAUUAAGUCUGCUCCUGUGAAAAGGUCAUGUGCUACUGUAAAAAGAGCACAAUUUGGUCCUGCAAAAGCUCCAUCUUCUGCUUUAGGUAUAACUCAGCCUGGUAAUACACCUUCCACGGUUCCAAGGGCAUCCACCGUCAAAAGAAACGUGUCGGUAAAAUCGACGUCAGGUCAGGCUGGAGCAGUCGACGAGGAAACUUUUCAUACAGCGUUCGAAGAUGUUCCACCUGUAAACUUAUUUUCGGCUAAAGAUUUGGAAGAACAAAUGAAAGCUAUCAAAGACAAUGUUGGCGAUGACAAGAAAGAUUGGAAACAAAGGACAGAAAACAUGAAAAAAUUAAGAGCUAUUGUUAAAGCAGGCGGUACAAACUAUGAGAACUUUCUAGAGCAUUUAAAAAGUAUGCAGAGAGCAUUUGAAGUAGCUUGUACCGACCUUAGAUCGCAAGUUGUAAGAGAAGCGUGUAUUACUUUAGCAUUUCUUAGUCAGGAACUAAAAAACAAAUUCGCUAGUUUCGGAGAGGCAGUUCUACUCACACUGAUGAACCUCAUACAAAAUAGUGCCAAGGUCGUGGCAACAGCUGGAGCUGUAGCUGUGAGGUUUAUUCUUCAAAAUACACAUUGCAGUCGGUUCGUGCCAAUUAUCACAUCAUGUUUAAGUAACAAAAGUAAAGACAUACGUCGAGCAUCGUGCGAGUAUCUGAAUUUAAUUUUACAAACGUGGCCUACUCAAAUAUUGCAGAAGCACGUAACGAUAUUACAGGACACGAUUAAAAAGGGUAUAGCAGACUCGGAUUCGGAAGCAAGAGCCUUUGCUAGAAAGUCAUAUUGGGCAUAUAAAGAUCAUUUUCCAGAACAAGCAGAAGCAUUACUCAACAGUCUUGAUACUGCAUAUAAACGCUCGUUGAUGUCUCUUAGCAACAGUGGUAGUAUUAGCAGUUUAAAUGUAGUCACAAGAUCGGCGAGUGUCAGCCCCAGAACAUCCAGACCAGUAAUGAGCGCCACAGAUCGUGGAACUCCAGGUGUCAGGUCUACUAGCGCGAUAGACCUGCAAGCCGCACAAAGAGCUAAGGCUAGAAUGAUGUACGCGAAUAUGAGCAGACAAAAAGCGUCUCUUCCGCGUCCCAGUAAAUCGCCAGAUACCACCGCUGUUGCUAGCCCAGAAAGAACAGCCAGAACAAGAACAAGAGUGUCCGGAGUGUCGCAAUCUCAGCCUAGCAGUAGAUCAGGAUCACCGUCGUCAAGGUUAAGUUACGCAACGUACAAUCGCGAAGGAGAAUCGUUAAUCGCAAGACCUAGACGGUUAUCUGGGCAUGGAAUCAGAAGUACUGGUAACAGUCGUGAACCCAGCCCGCAAAGAUUCGGAAUGGACAGAAGUUUUGCAAGCAAAAUACGCGGAAGGAGUUUGCACAUGUCUCCAACGGAUAGGCCGCAGUCUAGACCGGUUAUGGCGCAAAAGAUGUUACAACAAUCGCGCGAAGCAGAGUCGGCGUUAGCGGAUGCGCUCACUUUUGAAAGUAUUGAUAACUAUACAAGAACACCAAGAGGAAAGGGUGAUCACAGCGACGACAGUGAAACCAGUAGUAUAUGUUCAGAACGAAGCAUGGACAGCUUUAGACGACCAAACGAUUCGUUCUCAUGGAGUGGAUCUCAACAAAGAUUGUACCGUGAUAUAUGGGAUCAGUCUAUCCCAAAGGAUAUUAAGGAAAUUAUAGAAAAUUGUGCACAUAAACAUUGGGGAGAUAGAAAGGAGGGUUUGGUAGGAUUGCAACAUUUUCUAUCAAAUGGAAAUACGCUUACAGCUACGGAAUUGCGUAAAGUGACGGAUAUUUUUACAAAAAUGUUUAUGGAUUCUCAUACUAAGGUCUUUAGUUUAUUUUUGGAUACAUUGAAUGAAUUGGUAGCUACUCAUAGCGAAGAUCUCGGUGAUUGGCUUUAUGUGCUGUGUGCAAGACUCUUGAAUAAAUUAGGUACUGAUCUGCUCGCAUCGAUACAAGCAAAAAUUCAUAAAACGCUUGAUGUUGUCAGAGAAUGUUUCCCUGGAGAGCAACUUCUACCCGCUGUUAUGAGGUUUUUGACGGAUCCAACGCAAACACCAAAUUCUCGCGUAAAAAUAGCCACGCUUACGUUUAUCACUCAAAUCGCGGAAACAGCAGAACCUUCUGCGUUGACUAAUUCAGCAGGUACAGCGUUGGCAAGGUUACUUGAUUGGUCAAAUGACGUUAAAAGUCAGGAUGUUAGGAGACAUGCUCAAAACGCUGUCAUAUCAUUGUAUAAUUUAAAUCCUCCAAAAGUGACCAUGAUAUUAGCUGAAUUACCAAAGUUUUAUCAAGAAGCGGCAUUGCCACUAGUACAGAAUCAUUUAAGAAAGUCGUCUGGGUCUAGCAAUCCAGCGUCGCCAGGCACGCCGCCUCCCAGAGCACAGAGUUCACCAGCCCGUACGAAGGCUAAAGGUGAUAUCGAUAAUGCGGAUGAAAAUUUAGAAGAAGUUUACAAUACUUCUUACAGAUCGUUAAGGCGCACGACAGCAGAGAUUCAGAAUUAUGGAUUUGAACGUUUAGAAAGAGCAACCACUAGUAAAGAUAGCGGCAUUAGUAAUAUGGCUGACGUAGAAGAGAAAAUGGAAGGGUUAACGUUGUGUAAUUCGGGUCGAUCUUCCUCGGUGUCUUCGCCUACUCAGAGAGGACGAUCUGUUACGAAUAUUACGGUAAAUGGUUCGAGCGAUACAAUCGCAGGUGAUCUUAUUCUUCCUCAAGAAAAUAAUGGUUAUAAAACACAUGGAUCAUCGCCUGAUUCAAUAAAGAGACCAGAAAUUUUAGACAAUAUGAUUAAAACGUUACAGUCAAAAAUGACGCAAACCGAAGAAAAAGUAACAGCUCUGCAAGAGUUUCAAUUAUAUGUUCGAGAAGGAGAUGGCUUAUAUAUCAAACAAAAUUUUAAAAAACUGCUCAAAACAUUAUUAGAUAGUUUGACCAACGAUAGCAAGAAAAUGCAAGUAGAAGUUCUUCAAACGUUAAUCGACAUGCUAAAGUGUCCAGAACUUGUAGACAGUUUUUCUGUUUAUCCUGAACUACUCGUUCUGAAAGUAAUUAACGCGUACAAGUUGGACGAUCAAAAGCAGGAUUCUUCUUCCAGUAGUAGUAACUCGAGGUCUCCAGUUCUUUGGAUGGCAGAAAAGUGCGCCGCAACGAUAGCUAUGGUUCUAAAACCAGAACAAGUAAUUCAUCUGGUAUCGACUAUAAUAACCACGGAACCAUAUCCAUUGAAUAUGGGGGCAAUAAAAAUGCUUCACAAAGUUGUAGAACAUUGGGGUCGCGAUGCUAUAGAACCUCAUUUAUCGAAAGUAAUGCCUGGACUCAUAAAGGCUUACGACGAUACUGAGAGUGCAGUACGUAAAAGUGCCGUUUUCUGCAUGGUAGCGAUACACUUAGCAGUCGGCGAAGAGGUAUUGAAACCGCACCUCAUUUGUUUGUACACCAGCAAACUGAAGCUUCUGAAUAUUUAUAUACAACGCGCGCAACAGACAAACAGUCAGCCAGCGAGUCCACGUAGCAAUAGCAAAAAUUAACUAACAUCAAAUUCCGCGACGCUUAGGAUCGCGAUACUUAAAAGAUUUGCUCGUCUGGGUGCACGGCAUGAACGAAUGCUGGUUAGCUUCCUCAGUAAGUCCAAUCCGUGACGACUAUCAAGCAGUAAAUUAUAAAAGUUGAACGUUUCAAUACUGAGAUAGACUGAUCUGUAUGAUUUCACGACAAGUUGUAUGUAUGUAUGUGUGUGCGUGUGCGUGUGUGUACGGUACGUACGCGCAGUACGUGCUUGCGGUACGUGCGUGCGUGUUGCAGAAUGCGAGAGAGAACGAAAGACAUGAACUCCUGACAGUGAUGUUGCACGGAAACAGGUAGUGUGGAAAGUUACUUAUGCAUAAUAUGUUUUGUUUGCCAAAAAUUUAUACCUGUUACUGAAUAAGAGUUCCACACAUUUUUUAGCGCCGAUUAAUCAAAUUGCUUUAGAUAUAAGACUCUUUCCAUUCGAGGUUCGUGUAUUUUUUAUCGAUACGUUACAGUGUAAUGUUAAGUUGCAACAGUGUAUCUUGUGAAAAAAAAAGUUAAGAAAAAAAGAAAAAGGAAAUAUUUCAUUCUUCCGUUUAUCAUAUAAAGCUCGCGAAAACCAGUGUCGUGCCUCUCUUGUCCGUUUUGUGAUUUUAUAUAUUUUCAAUUUUGUUCGCUACUCGUUAAGAUAUAUAUUGUACAUAUUUAGGUAUUUCAGUGUAUUGUUACGAAUCUGUUAGUUGAUCACAAUGCUUCUCUAAAGGAAUGUGAUUCUCAAUAAAUAAAUAGUUAAUACACUUGGCGAAAGUUCGAGAAGAUGGGUGCGACAUCACUGCCGAGAGAAUCAUACCUUAUAAGCAUAAAUAAUGUACGUAAUGCCGAUCGUAUAUCGGCGUCAAACAGAGAAACAUUGUACGAAGUACGUUAUACGCUUGUUCAUCGAUUCGUAAACAUUGAUGAUAGCGUUGCACGUGGCAGUAGGUUGCUAUGCACAUUACAGUGAAUAAGUAAACGAAAGAAGUUCUAAUAGAGAGAUAUCCGAUGUGACGACGAGCGGUAUGCCUAGUAUAUCUGCUCUGUACUACGAUCAGUGAGAAUGAUAAUAAAUUUCACGGAGAAAUACUUUCUUUCGCAUUUCAGCAUUAAUCGAGAGACUGGCGCGAGUAUCGCGUAUUUGUUCGCAGCGUGUUGUACCAUAAACGUGAUUACCACGAGGACUUUUACAUGCACGUAGACAGAAAUCGAGAACGAAACUGUUAAUUUAUUUGUUCAAAAUCCAUGUGCUAGUCAGAUUUCCAAGGACGCACAAUAUAAACCGGAAGUUGCAGACGCAAUGGUCGGCACUUUUCAGACAACACAGGAGUUAAUUACUUGGAGAAAAGAAGGGAAGAAAGAGGGAGAGAGUCUGCGAGAGAAUGCGAGAGAGCGAAUGAGGAGAGAUUUAAUACGACAAAAAUCAGCAGAAGUUAGACUAGAAAUGAGAUUAACUUGGAACUAAUGUUAAUAUUUAAACUAUUCGUCACGUUGCCAAUAAUUAAACGAACGCUAAAUCAAAGCUAAGGUAACAAGUUUAGUAAACAUAUUCUGUGCCAUUGUCGUUUCUGUUUUAUUAUAUAGCGAUACAAUUAUAUAUAAAUAUAUAGAUAUCAUC